UUCAAAUAUUAAGUGUGAUAUAAUUUUGUAUGAAGUUUAUUUUAUUUUUGCGUCGUUGUUACGAAAAAAUUCGUUACAAAGAAUAUAAACUGGCGGUCACUCUUUCAAAUAGUCCACGUGAACUGUCAAAGAACGGAAUUUGAAGAGGUUAAUCAAAAGGGAAAGAAAUUUUUGUAUUGAUGGUGUUUAGAAGUUUUGACAUAUUCCUUUAUCAUGUCACAUAAUACUCUAAAAUCUAUGGGACAUGGAUUUUGCGAUGCCAUUUUUUCAAGUUCACCCAUUAAUUUCGAUAAAGAGAAUAUAAAUUAUCAAAAUGAGAAGGAAGAAAUAUGUUCUGAUGUACUUGAUACACCUCAAAGAGGAAUUCAAAAUCCUAAUGAAAAUAAAUCUUUAAAACUUGAAAAACGUAAAAUAUUACUUGACAACGAUAUUGAAAAUUCAAAAUCAACAAAUACACCUUGUGCUGCAAAUCUAAUUCGUCCAAAAUUUGUAAAUAUAUUCCAAAGAAAACAAGUUUUAUUUCCUGAACAUGCAAUAUGUGAUUCAAAGUAUAAAACUUGUACAAAAGUAGUAUCGACAACUUCGUUGAAUGAAAAAAUUUCGACUAUUCACCCUUAUACUCCCAAACAACAUAAAAUUCAUACUAGUACAAGUAGUGCAAAAAUAAAUAUCUUACCUUUGAAUAAAACACCUGUGAAACGUUAUUUUAGUGAGAAUGUUUUAUCACAAGCUACACCUGAUUGUUUUAAUGUUGUACAAGUUGAGACACCAUGUAGUAAAUUAAACGAAAUUAAUAUUGAAGAUCAAACAGUAUAUGAAGAAGAAAAUAGCAAUUUAACUGUAGGUAUACGUGUUAGACCUUUGAACACAAAAGAAUUAAAUGAUUCAAAAAUUACAUCAGUUAUUCAAGUAAAUGAUCAAAAUAUUAUUGUCACUUGUGACUCUGUUCAACAUACUUUCACAUAUGAUCAUUGUUUUAUGUCACAAAUGGAUGCAUCAGAAUCUGGAUAUGCUAACCAAGAGAUUGUGUUUAAAAAUAUGGUUUUACCAUUGGUGCAAAAUGCUUUUGAAGGAUACAAUGUGUGUUUAUUUGCUUAUGGACAAACAGGCUCUGGUAAAAGUUAUAGCAUGAUGGGCCAAGAGUCUGCUCAAGUUAAUACAAUAUCAAUUAAUGAAGCAGUUGGUAUUAUUCCAAGAUUUUGUCAAGAAAUAUUUACAAGGACAUCUACUAAUAUGAAUACUAAAACUAUAGUAGAAAUUAGUUAUUUUGAAAUUUAUAAUGAAAAAAUACACGAUCUUUUAACAAAUGUUACGAAUGGAAUAAAAAGAGCUCCUCUUAAAGUAAGGGAACAUCCUGUAUUUGGGCCAUAUAUUGUUGAUUUAAGUCAACAUUGUGUACAAAAUUACAAAGAUUUACAGACUUGGCUCAAAGUAGGCAAUUCACAACGAGCUACAGCAGCAACUGGAAUGAAUGAAAAGAGUUCGAGAUCUCAUAGUAUAUUUAGUAUUAUAUUAACACAAACUCAAAUAAAUAAUCAAUUAAAUAGUGAAUCUAUGGAUGCUAGUCGUCGUAGUAAAAUUAAUUUAGUGGAUUUAGCUGGUAGCGAAAGAUUAAGUCAAACUUGUGCAAGUGGUGAUAGAUUAAAGGAAGGAGUGUCUAUCAAUAAAUCGUUGCUUACAUUGGGAAAAGUAAUCGCAUCUCUAGCUGAAAACACAAGUAAUCGUAAACGAGGUUUUGUUCCAUACCGUGAAUCCGUUCUUACAUGGCUACUGAAGGAAAGUCUCGGAGGAAACUCGAGAACAGCAAUGCUUGGAACUGUAUCACCGGCUAAUAUACACGUAGAAGAGACGCUUGCAACGCUCCGAUAUGCUUGUCAAGCUCGAGCUAUUGUUAAUCGUAUUCGAAUUAAUGAAGACCCACAUGAUAAAUUAAUCCGGGAAUUGAAAGCGGAAGUAUUGCGAUUACGUGGUGUUCGCGAAGGGUACGAAAAGCAACUUGGAAUUUUUCCACAUCGUCUUCUCGAUUCCCUUGAACCGGUUAACCAAAGUAACGAUGAAAUCAAACAGAAACAACAAGAAAUUGAUAAACUGAGACAUCAAUUAAAGAAGACUGAAGAACAGCUUGCGACUUCUCAAAUGACUUGGCAAAUGAAAUUACGGGAUACCGAGGAAAAGAAAAAUUCUGAAAUAAAGUACUUACGUCGCUGUGGUAUCGCUAUCGAACUUGAUUUUCGUCAGAAGGAUAAGCAACCUUGUCUUAUAAAUCUCGCGGCCGAUCCUAUGUUAUCUGGUACACUUUUGUAUCUCAUUCCUCCAGGAUUUGUUCGCAUUGGAAGAAGUUCUGCUUGUCAGAACUUUUCCGAACAUUUGGAUAUCAUGUUGGAUGGGCCACUGGUUAGGCCUUUACACUGUACUAUUGAAAAUAGUAAUGGGAAACUUAUAUUAUCGUCAGAAAUGGAGGGAGAUACAUUCGUGAAUGGACAGGUGGUAACUGGCAAAGUUAUUUUAAAACAUGGCGAUCGAUUAGUAAUUGGCGGCAAUCAUUAUUUUAAAGUCUCAAAUCCGUAUGAUGAACAUAGCAACAUACAAAUUUCAGCACAGGCUGUAGACUAUGAAUUUGCUCACCAAGAAAUUAUGAAAGUGCAAGAAGAAAAAUUAAGGGCAGAACUAGAAGAAAGUAAGCAGAAAGCAAUAAAGGAAUUAGAAAAUGCAAAACGAGAAGUUGAAAUGCAAUUGGGAUCGCAAAAAUUAUCGUAUGAACGUAAAAUUGAAAUUCUUGGUUCUACAGUUCAAGAGCAGAAGGUUGCAUUGGAACAAAUUCAUCAAAGGAAGAAAGAGUUGGAAUUAGAAAAAGAAUUGCUUGAAAAUGAAGUUGAGGCAAAUAAUAGGUUGAAACAAAUACAAUUAGAUCAAAAGAGAGUUAAUGUUACACCAUAUAAAUCUAAUUUUUUACAAGAAUUGGAAAGUAUUUUAAAUGAAAGAACAGCAGAUGCUGAAUUUGCUCUUAAGAUGAAAGCUAGUGUAGAAGCAAUAAGCGAUGGUGGUAUUAGUCUACAUGAAACACAAAUAUUGGUAAGAGAAGCUACUGAACGGUGCAGAGAAGUUGGUAUUAAUUACGAGUUUGAUCAACAGCAAAUAAUUAUCAAUAAAAGUCUAAAACCAGUAAUUCGUAUACGUAACAGAGAUAGUAUGAAGGAGACAUUUUGGCAGCCAAUACGAUUUUUAGAUUGGGUUCAUCGUUUACGAGAUUAUGAUAUAGAAGAUUCACUAAAGGAACUAUGUACAUCAGAAGAAACUUGGGAACCCUAUGAAAAUACGGAAACUUUUGAAGAUUCCUUAAAUAAUAGCCGAAUUUCAAUAAAUAUGACACCAGUAAAAAAGCAUUUGAACGAGAGUUUACAACAACUCUCAUUAGAUACAUCUGUACUUGGAAGUACAUUAAUUAACCAAACGUUUGAUAUUUCUAAAGAUCAGGAAACCAUAAAUACAUGUCUUAUUCAAAUGGAACAUGCUACAAAAAUUUUACGUAAAUUAUAUAAUAAAAAUGGCGGAAUUCAAUCGGUUAUGGAAUCACUUGAUAAUAUGCAAAGUAUAAUUUGUAGCUUACGUGAAACUUUAGAAAUAGAGGACACAAAUAAAUAUUCCAAUGAAAGUAUAAUUUCUAACCAGAAUUUCAGUAAUAGUGUAACAGAAAAUUCUGACACAAAUUUAGCAGUUUCCAAAAAUAUGAAAUUUGUUUCAACAACAAAAUCUACUUUACGUAAUAAAGCUAAAAGUUUUGACAGGAAAAGUGUAAGAUUUACAGAUAAAUUAAAACAAAAUUUAACUUAG